GAGUUCACACACAUCCAACCCACAACCACAGAUGUUUCUCACCAUCAGAUCAGAGAAAACAUCUCCACCUCCCUCCCCACCUCUGUCAGAUCCAGGACUUACCCAGUCACGAUCAGCAUCUGAUUUUUGAACUUCCCGUUUUUUCCUUGGAAAUCUUUUAGUUUGGCCCAGAUUUUUUUGUGUGUGUGUGCGAUUGAUUCUUUUUGUCCCGUCAUGUCGUCUCUUUUGAGAGAAGAAAUGCAGAGAGUUGUAUUCCGACCUGCAAAGCACAGACUUGUGGAGUUCAUUGAGAUCGAAGAGCCGUCGCCUGGAAGGCAUUUUCUCUGUGUCUCAGUUGGAAGAAAAAAAGUGGUGCAGUUAAGCAUAGUGCACUGUCAGAUCUCUCAGACGACCCAGAAAUCUGGAUCCAAGAGGUCGCAAACCCAACGUUCCAGCAUCCAGGAAUGUUACAAGAGGAUAGAGAUCUGGUCCCUGCAAGACUUAACUCUUGUCGAUGGAAGAGACCCCGAUGUGGACGACCCCUGCUUCCUGCUGCACUUUGAUAAGGUGCGCACAGUGACAGCCAUCACCUGCUCAGCCAAAUACACGAUGGUGCGAGCCCUGGUUGCACUCUGUGAACGCCACUGUCAAAGGCCGCUGAAUCUGCAGAACUUUGACUUCCCUUACAUCAAGCCACCCACCUACUACACUAACAGGGGAGACUGUGUGGUUCUGUCCCAGAUAUGCUUCUAUGCCUGCAAUCUGGUUUGUCUUUCUAUGUGCCCCGUGCCACUGGAAGCCUGAAGACACACUACUUAUGUGAGCUACUCUAAAGUGUGUGGGCAAGGCUGUGCUGUAGCUAAUGUUCUGUGUGGAACCUGGGUCAAUAGUGUUUGCUUCAGUUGGGUUUUAUUAAAAUAUUAUUGAUCUGUUUUUGCAUUAAUGCUCUUCUAAGUGUAUGUUCAAGACAAACAUGAGUUCUAUUGAUAUUUUUAAAACAUCUUUUGUACUUCAAUCUUAAUUACCCAAUCCAUCAAAGAUACAACUAAAUAUGACAUUCAGAUUCAGACAUGUCUUCUUUUCUGCUGGUGAAUAAA